CUGAAUUUUAUCCUCGUUCAUCUUUCACAAUACCACUGACUACAUUGAAGAAGUUGUCAACGAAUGGCAGUUCCGUGCCACUGAACCACAGUAUUCCCGCAGACCCGUAUCCUCCCAUUAAGAUUUCAUACACAGCAGAUUCCUAUCAUGGACCGAUCGUACACUUGAUAACACCGCAUUUUGAAUUUGGCAAUUAUCUGCCAGCGCGCGAACCACAUGCACCAGUCAGUUGUAAUCGAACCGUGAUUUCCACUCGCAAUCUCUUAUCCCUUGCCAAAAUACACCCUUCGAUUUUUGCGGCGUCAUACAUAUAUCUCCCCUCCGAAUCUUUUGCAAGUGCUAUCAUACCCUAAUGCCUAGCAAACGUCGUGCUCCAGCCAAGGCGCCUGCAUCUGCAGCGCACAAGGCCACUCCAACCCCUUCCAAGGAUACCCUUCCUACGCCACCCAAAGCAACGCCAGCUCCCCCUCCUCCCCCUCCUCCAGUUGAAACCCCUGCAACCAAGGUGCGAAAGGAAUGGCAAAAGUUCAUCGUUGCUUGGUACGAGCCAGAGAAGAAAAAACUCGAAGAACAGCUCCAGAAAGAGCUGACUACGAAGUACAAGAAAUCGGGGUCUUCUAAGGCCCAACAAAAAGCCAGAACAGCAGAGCUUGAGAAGAAGCUCUCCAACUUGGCAAAGCAACUAGCCGAACGCGCACGCAACGAGUGGGAAAGGCGCCUUGAGGCUGCGCAAUUACGAGAAAACCAAUGGGACGACAUGACUAGCGAGGAACAGCAGGCUGUGAUGAACGUGUUUGUCGGUUUCUUUGGUGACGAGGAUGAUGAUGAAGACGACGACGAUGCAGAAGAUGAUCAAGUGGCUUCGACCAACUCCUUGUCUUUGGAGGCGGAUGAGGGUGCAAUCCCGGACCAGCCCGGGGGUUUCACCUCAUUACCACGGGCUAAACCCUCUCCCCUUGCAUCGGCUAACGCCACAUUCCAAUUCGUGAAUCCGACGUCUUUAUUUGUUGAAGGGGCAAGUCAGCCACACCCUGCAACAAAUUUACCCUCCUUAUCAAUGGACCAUCUUGCGACACUUGGUACUUCACACACUGGGCGUCCAGUUGACCCUUCCCCAAUGAACGCUAGCUCUAGCGGCGCCUUCAGUUUCCACAAUUGGGCGUCAGAAGCUGGCCUUACCGCCCAUCAGACAUCCAAGCUAGCAUCACAGACAUUGGGCUCUCGGCCAAGUGCAACCGACGGCAUAUCACGUCAAGCUUCUGCGGUGUCGAGCAUUUCGUCCCCUCCACUAUUCUCCAAUAAAUCAUCCCCUCCGCAGUCCUCGCCACCCAUCCAAUCGACGAAAGCCUCGCCGUCGGCCGUAAACGAUGCUUUGCCGUUGGGAAAGCGAUACAUCGGCCCUGUCAUACUCGACGAUGAUGAACCUCUUGACGAAAACCUUUUGAAGUCCAAGAUGGCUGCCGACUAUGAGGAAUUUAAACACAGUCUUCGCAUCCAGAUGAUCUAUGAUUUCCACACGGAAGCUGCAGAUAUCGAGAUCAAACUUCUGGAGAUGCUUCUUACCAACGAAGGGACGAAAGAGAGUAGGGCCAGAGCUGUCCAGGAACAUGAGAUGCACAUGAUGGCCUUGCGCGAGCAGAAGGAGGAAGAGCGCAAGAGACUUUGCGCCCAGGAGCGUGAGAGACGUCGUGAAGAACACAGAGCUUACUUAGCUCAGUCGGCACUCCGUUCUGCUCAGGGCAGGGAUGUUGAACCAUCAUCAGGAAGGAAAGGAGCUCCGCCGAAGUCAUCUGACAAAUCUGCGCCACCGAAGGGACCUACAGCCUCCCCGAAGGAGGACAUGCCGGUCCAUCCGCUGACUGCCUCGGCCUCGGGUUCUGGCCCCAAGCUCGAGCCUCCGAGCAUCUUGAAAAAGUCCCCUAGCGUCCUGACAGAGGCCGAGGCUUCGUCGAACGAGGCAAUUUUUGCCGAAGCCGCAGCAUUUUUAGCUAAGGGGCGUCUUGCUACUGAUGGGCUUGUUGUUUCCCAGCCACCCGAGCCUCGGAAGGGGAUCAACAGUACUCGUCCCCUCAAUCGCGAGAUACCACAGAUUACAGUCAAUUUUGCCGACUCUCCGUCUAUCGUUCCUCCCGCUCCUGCCGCAAAGGACAAAAAAGCUGCGAAGAAAGCACAGGCAGCCACGUCCAAGCCCCCCGUCAUUAAUGAAGUGUCCAACAGACCUGAUGUCGACGCUGAACCUCCACCACCUCUAUCCUCCUGGGGUGCAUCUAUUUCACGAGGUGUCUGGGGCAACCCACCAACGCACGCAUCUAAGGGAUUGGACCCCGACGCUGGCACGAACCUCUUCUCAACUGUUGCCUCAUCUCUGACGGCUGCAUGGGACACUACCAAGAAGCCUAGCUCUGGGAAAAAGUCGAAGACCGUCUCCUUCCCUGACGAUGUAGGGGGUGAAAGUGAUGCUGCUCCCAUUGCACCGUGUGAGCCGAAACUGCCCAAAAGCACUCGGAGUGCCGUCAACGGCAAAAAUGCGAAGAUCGUACCAGUGGUCGAGGCACAAGUGCCUCGAGGGCCUGUAAAGGUCACACCCCAAUCCUCUAACGCAAAGAAACCUAACAAAGCGCCGGACGCUUCGGCGGCAAGCAAGAGACCCAAAGCAGCUGUCGUCUCGGAGGAGCUGGAAGGUGUAGAGGAGGAAGAUAUGUCGCUGUCAGCAACUCCUCCGUCGUCGCAACAAGCAAGGACGAAAGCCGCAUGGGGUCCAACGCCAGCAGGCCAAACAAAGGUUGCCACAUCGCAAGCCGGACCUCAGCCGCUUCGUGGUAUGGAAGCCUCCAGGUCCAAGUCCGCACGUGUGGAGACUGUUCCGGAUCCGACUGACGCUUGGGGAAUGGCCAGAGGCGGUGGUAGCGCCAACAUGCCGGGUGCACUUGAGGUAGACGUCUCGGAGGAAUUGGACGAAGAUGAUAAUUGGCUCGACAAAGAAAACGCUGACUAUUGGAACAAGUUUAUCGGUGUUGACACCGAGAAGCAGCCAGCAGCCACCUCAUUCGUUUCCGCUGAGCACGUUCCAUGGAUCCCCACUGCAGAUCCUCAUAGCGAUGGUGAUGAUGAUGAUGAUCUAGGUGAUGAUGAUGGCGGCCUUGGUGGCGAAAUAUGGAUGCAGUACGCCAUCAGCGGAGGUGAAAUACCCGGGCUGGAUGCUACCAUUGAACCUGAGGUAGUUUCGAGUCAGCGAAGACUGGAGUUGAAUGUUUGGGAACAAGGGAAGAUGAAGAAGGGUGGAGGCUCGAGUGAUGACGCUGGCAAGUCAUCUUCGAUGUUUGAUAAAACUGCUUUCCAAGGGGCCCCAUGGCCAAAGAUGGAGAAUUGGUUGUCUUCCAGCUCGAGAGUUGGACAGAGUUCAGGAUCUGCUAGAUUUCUUUGAUAUUCCGUGCUUCUGAUACCAUUGUCGUUUGUCGUUUUCAUGCUUGCUGUGUACAUGCCGUUCGUGUUUAUUGGAACUAGACCGCUUAGUUCGCGUCGGGUAGCUUACCUAGUGUUAUAAUACGUUUCGUCGUUACCUUGGAGGGUUAUUCAGGAGGUCCAAAAGCGAGGCAGAAAUGUGUGAUGUGAUAUUAUGUGGUCAAGACGGGGUAGGAAGAGGUCAAGAUUCUGGGGACCAUGAGGGGGGUACAAAUCCCUGGUGCGAUCGAUACGGGCGCAAUAUUUUGGGGCACGCUUUUCCAAAAAGUGUCUUG